AUGUCUCGAACUCACGUGGUUGAAGGUUCAUGUUUCGUGCUGCGCCGUACGGAUGUUCUCACACAAAAAACGAUUGACAAGAUGCAGACACUUUCUGGACAGCUAUGCAACAAACCGAGCGGUGGAUGCUGUGCAGUUUACAAAUCUGAUGGAAGGAAACUCUCCAAGGACCUCCCGGAAGAUGAAGAGAGUAUGCUGUUUGCAGACUUGGACAUGGAUUGGAUUAUGGAACCAAAGAGGUUUCUGAAUACAUGCGAGCACUAUAGUCGUCUCAAUCUCCGUUGGCUAGGUUCUGAUCACGAAGAAAAGUGGAACAUACGCAGCGUCUAG